AUAAAAAAGAUAGGUCAUGCAGUAUGUAAGAAAGAACUCGACGCGAAUCAACGGUCACUGUUUUAAGGCCACCUUUUUACCGGCUGAUAUCCAGUUGAUGAGGGUUUCCCGCCAUCUGUCAAAAUCUCAUGUAGUCUCCAACCUAUAAGCAAAACACUGAAUUUGUAGUAUACAACAAUGUUUUCCCUACCACAUGCACACAGAAAUAUUCAAAAAUAAAGUCAUGGCAAGUGCACAUACAGAGAAUUGUGUCUUCAAAUAAAUGACGUUCCAUUUUUUAGAGGGUAUAGCAUUGAACACCAAAAUGAUUUAGUAUAUUGUAACCUGUAACAAUUUUGCGAUUUUUAUUUCACAAUUAUUUUAUGUCUAGAAAGUUCGGGAUGUGUUGUGAAAGUGUUUCGUGAACAUUCGUUUAUAUCAUAAAAAGUAAGUGCAGUAAACUGAAGUUUGCGAAAAGAAAGGUUGUUAAAUAUAUGAUGAAACAAGCACGGUUGUGUUGAACAUCGAGGACUGACUGAUAUUUUGUCAAAAUAGCUUGUUUCUUGCCCACCUGAACACAUGAGUCAGAAAAGUAAAUACACUCCCGCUGAUCUACGUUACAAUGAGAGGUGCGUCUGUACGAAAACGCGAUACAGCGUCAUAACUACAACGGUUACAGCGUCUUGACAGUUAUAGACAUACACACGCGUUUAAACAGCGCCUGCAGGAAGGCAAAUUUACAAACAUGGAGAUUUCGUUCCACGAUAAUAGCAUUUUGGACGUUAGUAUUGAGGUCGUCAUUGAUUGGAACAACAACGAUGUGCCUGAGGGAACAUCUGGACCGUGUACAUCGACGCCUAUUGCCACAAAACAGAAGGUAGAUCUGUUCUCAUGCCCCAGCUGUCCAUAUAAUACAAACUCUAGGGGCAAUCUUUACCGCCAUAAGCGUUCCGUCCACCAGAAGAAGAAGGAAGAGUGUCCCACGUGUGGUAAAACUUACGCCUCCUCAUAUGAUCUACGGACUCAUGUUAGAGUUGUUCACGGAGAAACCCCAUUUUUGUGUGAAUCUUGUAGCCAGAGGUUCAAUAAUCGCGCUGCUUUAAAGAGACAUCGUGAUGAGAAACAUGCCAAUGUGUGUAAGUUCAUUUGUGCAACAUGUGGAAAGAAAUACCACGAAAGUGCAUAUGAACAAACAUAUAGGUUCGAAACCGUUUUCAUGUAAAUGUGGAACAUCAUUUGGCUACAAGUCGUGCUUAAGGCGACACUUGCAGACUUGCCAACAGCAGAGUACCAAAAAGGAACACAAUGUGACUUUUGUGGGGUAGUUCUUAAUUCAAGGGCUGAACUGCUGGAUCAUGUACAAGGGAAACACGGAGACAAACUGUAUACAUGCCCGUGCGGGAAAUCGUACUCGUGGAGGCCUUCCAUGACACGCCAUAAAAAGGCUUGUAAAUACGCCUAAGUAACUAUAGGCCAGUGCACUUUCAAGUUUGACCUGUUUUCCUUGAAUACUUAAGAGCACUUUCACUGACACUGUUUGAUAUGUUCACUUCACUUUAAUAUGUUCACUUUUGGUUUGGCAUUAGUCAAAUGCUUUUUCUUUGGUAACGCAUAGGCAAAUAAAGUACAUCCUGAUCAAGCAGCUCCUAAAGGAGCUGCCUGAUUUGGAAAUACUUUAUUUGCAAAAGACGUAUCAAGGCGUCAAUAGUGCUGAUUGGGUUAAUUGUUUUCUUUUAUGAAUUGCUUUAUUUAAACUAGCGAUGUUGAAUCAGGUGAUCCAUGUGUUUCAAAUCGUUUUUAUUUUAAUCAAGUAUCAUGGUGUACCCUUUAAUGUGUCCUUCUGACUAAUUGAUACUAUUAGUUUUUUUGCCGUGAGAUAUAAGAUAUAUAAGAUAUGCGGCAAACAAACACAUGUUCUACUUCUUAAAUGCUAUCUUUAUUUAACCUUAUUCAUUUUUGGCCAUUUGAUGCGUUUCAACGAAAUUCAUUUUGCGCGUGUGCAAUAUGACGUAGAUACACGCGCGGAAUUGAUGACUUCAUUAACAGCCGUGAGUUAUAAGGAUAUAUUUAACGGAUAUUUUUGGGAUUUCACUGCCUAGCACAUUAUUAAUAAAAUUAUUCGUUAUAUGCUAGGUAAUCAAAAUCCCAAAAUACCCGUGAACUAUAUCCUUUUAUGUCAUUGCUACAAAUGACGUACGUCAUCAGUUUGGCGCUCAAAACACGUUUUGUUGAAAUAACUCUUUAAAUUGUCAAAUAUUGAUAUACACAAAAUAAGAUAGCAUAUAAUAAAUAUAAUACUUAUUUGCUUACCGUAACAUAUUCGAUAAUAUCAUCACAAGUAAUGGAGAUAAUUUCAACACUUUCACUCGCGCUACGCGCUCAUGAAAAUACGAAUUAUCUCCCUUACCGAUGAUGAUAUAUUCUUUUAUCUCACUGCAAACAAGCAAAUAUUCUCAAUGUAUUCAUUUCACCACAUAUUAUCAUUUAGCUAUCUGGAAUGGCACAUUUUUAUUUUUUUCAUUGGAGGCUUAGUACAGGAUUUACUGUAAUUACUAGAAGGACAUUUUAAGAUGUGUGUUAAAGCAAUUUAUUCCUUUAAGAAUAAAUUGUAUUAUUUAUGCAAUUCAGCUGUUUCGUCGUCUAUUUGUUCACAUUCGGAACCCUCGGUUUUCAUUGUCUAAAGUCCAGUCUGAUUACUUCAUCCGGUAACGAACAUUUGCAGACAGACACAUUUUCUUGGUUUGAAAUUGAAUCGCUUGUAAUCGUAAACCAUGUCGGGCAGAGGUCAUGGUAGGAAACGCUGGGCGCAGGAGGCAUUACCACCCAUCGAUGGACCCACAGAUUCGGGGGAAUCGGGUAAUAAUCGCAAUGUAAUCGAUUUCGAACACAUUAUUGCUCAGUCUGGCAUUGUGCGAGAUAUUAACACGGCUGGGUGUGGCUCGGUGGGAAACACUUUACCACCAUUUGAUCACCCUGAACGUCCAUCCAUUACACAGUCUGUCGUACCAAACACACCUUUCAUGCAACAACCCCUAAUCGGCAGUCCUGCUAUUUCAAACACCGCUGCAUUGCAGCAAGUCCGCCUUUCAAACGACGAUCUAGCCAUCCACGUACCAAUUCAAAUUUAACAACAAAUAAUUCGUGGAGAGUAUAUUAACUUGGCAAUCCUUCUAAAAGGAGGAAUUGAGCUGAAUGCCCUUUGCUCAGGGGGUUAUCUGAUCAUCAAUUCAGAAGGCAAAUUAGAAACCAAACAGUCUGAGUGCAAAGACAAGAUCAUGUCCAUUGAAAAGUGGACCGAUGCCUUUUUAAUUUUUUCAUCCAUCUACUUGAAGGCUCAUCCUGAUAAAACAUCGGAGUUACUUCACUAUGCGUACACAAUCCGUGAAUGUGCAGUCCGCCAAGGCGGUUCAGCAUGGAGGACGUACGACGAACAGUUCCGUCUCCGCCAAGCUCAGACCCCGGCGUCUUGGGGCUGCAUCAACAAUGACCUGUGGUGGCGCUGCAUCUCGUUGAGGGAAAAUGCCGCUCACACAUCAAAUGCAAACCCGAGAUACACUUGUAAUGAUUAUAACAAAGGCAGAUGCUCCUGGCCAAAUUGUAAGUUUGCCCACCACUGCUCCAGUUGUGGUGCGUCACACGCAGAGAUGAACUGCCCCAUCCACUCACAAGCCCAAAGACAAGCUUUUGGAGCACAAUCAUGGAAAACCCGGCCACCACAUUUCAGCUCAACCCAAGGACGUCCUAACAACUCCUUUCGAGGCCGUGGCAGAGGCUUCGCCAGUCGACCAAACAGACAUUAAAACUGUUUCCACUUCUAAUAACCUUUACUCACUAGCACACUCUCCUAUAAAUAUUGAGGUCCUCAAAAAACUUUGUAACAACUAUAAUCAAUCUGAAUCAGAGUUCUUAAUUGACGGCUUUAAGAAUGGGUUCUCAUUACAUUACACGGGUCCUAGGACGGGGCGUGACUCAAAAAACCUCAAAUCAGCAAUUGAACAACCCAUACUGUUGCUGGAUAAGAUUAAUCAUGAGAUCUCGGCGGGUCGGGUAGCUGGCCCAUUUACGCAUAAGCCAUUUAAAAACCUAAUUGUAAGCCCCCUUGGCCUGGUUCCAAAAUCAACUCCAGGUAAAUUCAGACUCAUUCACCAUUUGUCAUUUCCGGAGGGAAGAUCGAUAAACGAUUUCAUUGAUCCAAUCUUUACUUCAGUUCAUUACACCGAGUUUGAUGCAGCGGUGGACACGAUCCAGCAGUUUGGCCAGAAUUGUUACCUAUUUAAAAUGGAUUUAGAAUCAGCAUUUCGCUUGAUACCCAUCAGUCCUACAGAUUUUCAUUUGUUGGGCUUCUCAGUUAAUAAUCUGUUCUACUUUGAUAAAGCUUUAGUUUUUGGCGCUUCUAUUAGCUGUGCUAUAUUUGAACGUUUUGCUAAAUUCCUAAAGUUUUGCAUAAAACAAAAUUUCACCUCAGGGGAUCUAAUACAAUACCUAGAUGAUUUUCUAGGGGCGAACACAUCAUAUACCUCUUGCUUAGAAAACAUGGCCACUUUCCGGUCGGUAACAUCAAACUUGGGCGUUCCAGUCGCUGAGGAAAAGACCGAUGGCCCCACCACUAUCCUGACAUUCUUGGGUUUGAUCCUGGACACCAACAAAAUGGAAAUACGCAUCCCCAAACCUAAACUACAACAAGUUAGAGAGAAAAUAGAAGCCCUCGUGUCAAAACAAAAGGCAACCCUUAAAGAAAUACAGUCUCUUAUUGGCUCUUUGAACUUUUGUUGCCGUGCCAUCCCAUUAGGAAGGCCUUUUUGUCGACGCUUGAUCGACAAAACCUGCGGGCUAACAAAACCCCAUCACCAUUGCAGAUUAACAAAAGAAAUACGCAAAGAUUUAAUGAUGUGGCUCCAGUUUUUCAAAUACCACAAUGGCAUUUCUGUUUUUCACGACCGGUUUUGGAUCUCAAAUGAGGAAUCCCAACUUUACUCAGACAGUGCAGGUGCCAUAGGCCUGGGCUUUGGUGCCUUCUUUCAUGGGAGAUGGUGCCAAGGGGCCUGGCCGCCAGCCUGGCUGGAAGAGGGCCUACUCCUGGACAUUACAGUUUUAGAAUUGUUUCCCAUUGUGGUUGCUAUGUUUGUAUGGGGUGAUGAUCUCUGUAAUAAGAAAAUUAGAUUUAAUUGUGAUAACAUUGCUGUUGUCCACAUUCUGAACAAACUUUCAGCCAAGUCAGAACCUGUGAUGACACUGGUACGCAUAUUAACCAUGAGAUGCCUACAAAAGAAUAUCCUCAUUAAGGCCUCACAUGUUCCAGGUGCUAGCAAUGACAUUUGCGAUGCACUUUCUCGUUUUCAGAUGACACGGUUCAGGGCUCUGGCGCCAGAAGCAGCAGACAUACCGGACAACGUUCCCAGUUUUCUUUGGGAUAUCUUCACCAAAGAGCAGCAGUACUUACAGUGGCAGGCACUUCCGUGAACACUCGGGCAACAUACAUCACUAGUUUAAAGGCUUUUGAUCAGUUCAGAACAACAUAUAAUUUCCCCUUGAUCUGGCCAGUAACAGACAAGGUCGUCAUUUUGUUCAUUACCUUUUGCUUUGAAUCCGGUCUUGCACCUAGCACGAUAAGUACAUAUAUUGCUGGUGUAAACUACUUACAAAAAAUAAAAGGCGGCCAGUGCCUAUUCGAUAUGUUUAUUGUUAAGAAAACGCUGGAGGGCUGUCAUAGGUCCAGAAAUAAAGUCCCCGACCCAAGGGAUCCCAUUACAAGGCCUAUCUUAAAGGCUAUUUGCCAAGCAGCCCCCAACGCAUGUUAUAACAUUUAUGAGUCAACUCUGUUUCAAGCUCUGUUCAGCGUGGCAUACUUUGGGUUAUUCCGAGUGAGCGAAUUAGUGGCGACUAACCCAUUGUCACCAAACUCUGGAAUACAGUAUCCAGCAAUAAAGGUCGACACAAGUGCCCGGAAGCUUAUUAUCACCCUUAAUGUUUUUAAAACUAAUCAACAUGGCUUGCCCAUACAGGUCAAAAUUCCAUGUGAACCUUCCCCACCUUGCCCGCUAGAAGCAAUUCAACGUUUUUUGGCACGUCGCCCUGCAGUGUCGGGUCCUUUCUUUUGUCAUGCAGAUGGAAAAGCUGUGACAAGGUACCAAUUCAAUGCUGUACUUCAGAAGUGCCUUUACUUAACAGAGUUUUCCAGCUCACAUUUCAGAACACAUAGUUUCCGCAUUGGCAGGGCAACAGACUUAGCAACACAGGGUGUCACAACAGAGGCCAUUAUGGAAUUGGGCCGCUGGAAGUCUACUGCCUACAAAUCUUACAUCCGUUAGAAAAUAACACACCCAUAUAUUCGUUUGUGAUAAUUUGUGUACCAUUAUGGUUUAUUCCUUUUAGAUGUGUGGGUAAUAGGCGAUUCCAUUCCAUACUGGGCCUCCCAACUCUAUUUGACGGGAAAUGUACCAAGGCUCGAACAGCAAGUUGCUUGGCAUUGUUGCAGGGGAGCAGGCUGGGGGGAUUUGCGCAAGGAAAUUGAAAUGGCAGUGUUAUUUAACAACACCCCUAAGGUUGCUGUCAUCCAUCUGGGUGGAAAUGACAUCAAGGUUCCCCUUAAGGACCUCUUAGACAUCAUGCGUGCUGAAAUCCGCUACCUCCGGGAUGCCUGGCCUGAGACAAUCCUCAUAUGGACCGACAUCCUGAACCGGGGUAGCUGGGAUCUACAGGACAUGCGCAAGAUGAGGAGAGUCAAUCGCUUCGGUCGUGUGGAGGUGUCGUCCACAGGCAAGUCGGACUACUGGCGGCCGGACAUCUCCGCCGACGAGCAGGGUUUUUUCCGCCCGGAUGGUGUGCACCUAAAUACUCUGGGGCUCCAUUUUUAUCUUGAUGGUCUCAUUGAAGUUGUAAAGAGAAAUCUGUUGCAAGGAAUGUAAAUUUCUGGGGAAAUUGCUUUCACCAAUUUUGUGGCGGAAAAUAUACAUUGGCCGAGAGUCAGUCGGGCUGGGUACAGUAAUAUACUUUCACUGAGCUGUUAAUGUAUACUAGUACUCACAUUGGGACCUGUGCACCCUCUUACAAUCGGUCGUUUAUCACGGUGGUUUGAGGGAACCACAGUUGGGCAAAAAACAUCAAGGGUUUCACUAUAGGCUUCAUUUUUCAUUGGGCUUGUCUCACCGGCUCCUCUGUGUCGCCAAUCAACAGGGAGUUACGGUUAGGCAGUUGGGCAGAAAAUAAUAAACUAUAAUGUAAUUAUAUAUAUAAUUCUGUGGGUUAUAUUGCAUAUGAGUCGGUGUUAAUGCACGACACAUGUUGUGUCUCAACUUUGCUACACUGACUGUUGUCCGUCACCCCAAUUGCGUGGGGCGAGUUGCAUUGCGUCAUUCUGGUGGCCCGGGACUCGCCCACAGUACUUGGCGACCCGGAUUUUGCGUGUUGCAUUGCGUGUUGCGUUGCGUUUUCUUGGGUUGUUGCGUUACCCACUAUUAACAGUUGCUAGCCAAAUUGAUAUAUAUGCAUUUUAUUAAGAGGGAACUCUUGUUGCUCAGCCCGGCUUACUCUCGGCCAUGGAGACCUCCCGACCUCUGACUAUAGUCGAGUCCUUAAGACAUAAUCAUAUAGUCAGUAACGUAACACGGCCUUUUCAUCCCACAUAUUACACACUAUUAACAUGUUCUUAAAUCUUUGUAUGUUGUUGUUGUUGUACCAGCUUUGGAUGGCCAAAACAAAUGAAUAAACUCGUGUAAAGGUUCUAAGUCUUUAUUUCUGAAUUCUCUUUAAAUAAAGCAAUUUAUUCCUUUAAGAAUAAAUUGUAUUAUUUAUGCAAUUCAGCUGUUUCGUCGUCUAUUUGUUCACAUUCGGAACCCUCGGUUUUCAUUGUCUAAAGUCCAGUCUGAUUACUUCAUCCGGUAACGAACAUUUGCAGACAGACACAUUUUCUUGGUUUGAAAUUCCCGCCCAGCCCACCCAGCUUGCUCCUAUUGUGCCUCGUAUUUAAUAAACUUACUUUGAUCUGCCUGUGUUAUCUUGUAUUUGCUUAAGACAUACAAAUGCAGACAUAUACAAAUAAGACAAUUUUAAUGUUCAUGAUGAACAAUCCUUGUGACUUCCUGUUGCAUUUUUUGUAGUUUUAUGUUAUACUGUUCCGGCAUACGUUAACACAACUCCUCGCAUACUGAAACUUAUUAUGCAAUUUAGGGUUGGUUUAUGUCAAUUGUAUGUUAACACCAUAAACUGAUUACUGCUCUAGUUUUGUUGUUACAGAACCCAGACAUACCGCUUGGAAUACUGGUCUGUUCCAAGCAGCGGUGACGUACCGAGGCUUCAUAACAAGUUCCACCUCACCCAACGAGCGAAAAGGUCCUCCAUAUGUGUGGCCAAACCAUACCAAGAACGUCUACUCUGCUACAACAUUGUUACCAGUCUACCUGUCAAGCAGCCUUUGCAAGGGCUUUCAACACGGUCCUGUUCAUGCCUCGGUGUUCGAUGAAUAGAAUAACAGUCAUCAUCCGCGUUCUUAACCUUAUACAGCCUUCACAUAUUUCGAACAUUCUCUAUAUCGAGGAAACGCUCUUGGCCUUAUGGGACCAGACAUUCCACUGUGUUUGAACUAUUACAAAAAACUUGUUGGAUUUGUGGUGGACUUUUGUUACAAUUUGUUAUUUACUCUAAACCAGUUAAUUCCAAUGUCGGGUUCUUCCAGUACUUGCCUCGCCUAAAAGUGUUAAUAACCUAAACGUUCGUAAUCUUGAUGAACUGCGAAACAUUCAUUAUUUUCACAUGGCAUAUGCCAAAUGUUCCUAAUCUUGAUGAACUGCGAAGCAUUCAUUACUUUACAUUGUAUUUUCUAAGUGUGAUUCGUGACAAUUUGUUAUUCACUCUAAACCAGUUAAUUCCUAUGUCAGGUUCUUCCGGUACUUGCCUCACUUAAAAGUGUUAAUAACUUAAACGUUCGUAAUCUUGAGGAACUGCGAAGCAUUCAUUACUUUUAAAUUGUAUUUCUUAAGUGUGUUUAUUUGUACGCGUCUCAACAAUUUAUGGCUUACUUGUCGUGUUUUGUUUUUUGGGGAGGGAAAAUUUACAUUGGCCGAGAGUCAGUCGGGCUGGGUACAGUAAUAUACUUUCACUGAGCUGUUAAUGUAUACUAGUACUCACAUUGGGACCUGUGCACCCUCUUACAAUUCGGUCGUUUAUCACGGUGGUUUGAGGGAACCACAGUUGGGCAAAAAACAUCAAGGGUUUCACUAUAGGCUUCAUUUUUCAUUGGGCUUGUCUCACCGGCUCCUCUGUGUCGCCAAUCAACAGGGAGUUACGGUUAGGCAGUUGGGCAGAAAAUAAUAAACUAUAAUGUAAUUAUAUAUAUAAUUCUGUGGGUUAUAUUGCAUAUGAGUCGGUGUUAAUGCACGACACAUGUUGUGUCUCAACUUUGCUACACUGACUGUUGUCCGUCACCCCAAUUGCGUGGGGCGAGUUGCAUUGCGUCAUUCUGGUGGCCCGGGACUCGCCCACAGUACUUGGCGACCCGGAUUUUGCGUGUUGCAUUGCGUGUUGCGUUGCGUUUUCUUGGGUUGUUGCGUUACCCACUAUUAACAGUUGCUAGCCAAAUUGAUAUAUAUGCAUUUUAUUAAGAGGGAACUCUUGUUGCUCAGCCCGGCUUACUCUCGGCCAUGGAGACCUCCCGACCUCUGACUAUAGUCGAGUCCUUAAGACAUAAUCAUAUAGUCAGUAACGUAACACGGCCUUUUCAUCCCACAUAUUACACACUAUUAACAUGUUCUUAAAUCUUUGUAUGUUGUUGUUGUUGUACCAGCUUUGGAUGGCCAAAACAAAUGAAUAAACUCGUGUAAAGGUU